CCGACCUAAACAGUCCAACAACCCGGUUGCCUUGCCGCACGCGCGCAUGUAGCCACGAAAGGCCACCUUUCAGCCCCUCGGUCUUCUGCUAACACACAAUUUCGCCCUGUCCUUUCCCCCACAACAUACACACAAGUCCCCGAAUUCGCCAAACCUCGUACCAACUCGCGCAAAAGACGCAGAAAAGGAUGGAGAAACUCAAGGAAGCCGAGACAGUUGCAGCGCAACGCCUGCGCAAAACAUUCAAGUACCCGUCCGAAUCCGACGAUGAAGAUACCGUAGAAGCGGGUAUGGAUGAACAAGACCGCGCAGCCCUCCUCCAGACCCUCAGCACACACGACACAUCCACGACGCACACAUAUACGCUCUUCCUCCUUGCGCUACCCUUACUCCCCACACUCCUUUACAUCCCGCGGCUCUUCGCCCUGUCCACCCUCCCGACCAGUCUAGUCGCUAUCGCGAGUCUGCUAGCAACAGCGUAUACGUUGUAUUUCCUGCCGCUACCGCCGACGCAAAUGGAGCCAAUCGACGGCGUAGAUGUCACGCCCUCAACACUCCAACAACCAUCGAAAGGGAAAGGGCAGGCUAAGAAACUAGUAGGUGGAUAUGGAAUCUACAACAAGACACCCGCGUGGGAACAACCAACUGAAAAGAGUGUAAGGCGGCCUGUACCUUACAUCUCGGAAAAGGCGGCGGAUAAGAUAGCGGACUCUGUUGUGCCUGUCAACAGGGCCGUAUGUGGGCUAUUGGCGUUGUAUGAGGUCUGGCAGGCGCGUGGCUGGGGUGAAGGGCUCAUGGUGGGAGGCGGCUUUUUGCCGGGUGUAAUAUGCAUGAUCAUCCUGUGGGCGAGGACGGAGUUGAGGAUUAUUGACAUGGAUGCGUUGGAGAAGAUGAACAAGGGUGCUGCACAGGGGAAAGUAAAUUGAGUAUGGGUAGGCUGCGAGUUCUGGAGUUGAAUCAUGGGACGGUCACGACUUAAGAUACCCAUCAGGAAUGCAUAAUCAGUCUUCUAGCUAU